CAGCCCCGCAGUUAGUACAACCUCUCUCAGACUUGCAUUCACACUUGAUAAGCUCACUGCAGGCCCUUACAGUUUCAAGAAGAGUCUCCCAGACAGGUUUUCUGGUAGAGUUUUCCUUGAUCUAGCCCCAGUCUUCUGAUGUGGAUAGCAUUUGGAUGGCUUGUUGGCUUGUAGUUCAGAUGCUGCUGUGAUAUACAAUUCACUUUACAGGUUUUAGCAGGUCAUCAAAGACCGAAAUAACAGACGUCCUAAGACUCCAGCCAGGAAGCCCCCAUCAAAGGGUAUGGUGAAAGAUCCAGUGGAAGUAUACUGUCGUCUACGGCCACUUGAAAAUCGGAAUGACCUGGUAUGUGUGGAAUCUUUAAGCAACACUAUGGUGCAGCUGGUCCCACCAGGUGGAUCCUUGGCACAUAAAUACAACUCAAAGGAGAUUCAAUAUACCUUUAGGUUUGUGUUUGAUGAAAACACUUCACAGAAGUCUUUAUUUGAAACUGUUGCUUUGCCUUUGGUAGCUGACCUUCUUGGUGGUAAAAAUGGUUUACUCUUUACUUAUGGAAUUACAUCAUCUGGUAAGACGUACACAAUGACAGGUACACCACAGGAUGGAGGGAUUCUUCCACGAUCCUUGGAUGUUAUUUUUAAUAGUAUCAGAGUCCUUCAAGCUCAUAGAUAUGUCUUUAAAUCGGACAAAAUGAAUGGUUUUGAUGUGCAGACAAUAGCUGAAGCAAUGGUAGAGCAAAGUGCAGAGGUGCCUGUGACUCCUAAGACCCCAAGAGCUAAAAGGCGAGAUUUUGAGCUGGAGUGGGCAGAACGAAUUCAAGAAGAAACAGUGAUCAGUAAUAUAGACCAAGACAGUGUUUACUCUGUGUUUGUAUCAUAUGUGGAGAUUUAUAAUAACUACAUCUAUGAUCUGCUAGAGGAUGCACCUAUAGAUCCUAUAAAACCAAAACCCCCACAAUCAAAGAUUCUACGAGAAGAUUCUAACCGUGAUAUGUAUGUAUUUGGAGUUACUGAACUUGAAGUUAAGUCAUCAGAUGAAGCCUUUGAGGCCUUCUAUAAAGGUCAGCAGCGAAGGAGAGUAGCACAUACUGCUUUGAAUACAGAAUCAAGUCGAAGUCACAGUGUGUUUACUAUCCGAUUAGUCCAGGGUCCCCUAGAUCCACAAGGUGCUGAGGUCCUUCAGGAUAAAAGCCAAAUUAGGGUCAGUCAGCUGUCUUUAGUGGACUUAGCAGGAAGUGAAAGAACUGGUCGGACAAGAAACACAGGAGACAGAUUGAGAGAAGCAGGCAACAUCAAUGCAUCACUUAUGGCUCUGAGAACAUGUAUAGAAAUAUUACGUGAGAAUCAAACACAAGGAACAAACAAGAUGGUGCCAUAUAGAGAAACAAAGUUAACCAAUUUAUUUAAAAGGUUUUUUGAAGGAGAAGGCAAGGUGCGAAUGAUAGUUUGUGUCAAUCCUUGUGCUGGUGACUAUGAUGAAACACUUCAUGUGAUGAGGUUUGCAGAAAUGACCCAGGAGGUAAUGAUAAGUCGAGCCACACCUAUUCCCAGUACUCCUGUGUCUCUUGGUCUUCGAGUAGGUAGAGGAAACUUGUAUCGUGAAGCUGUUCGUAAAGCAAAGGAAGAGGGUGGAAAUCUACAAGAACUUCUGGCUCCAGGUGUAUAUAGUCUUGGUGCACCUUUUCCAGAUCUAAUGAUGUUUGAUGACGAAGCCUCCUUUGAGUGCCUUAUCCAGUUUUUGAUUGCUAGAAAAUCUCGUCGUGAAGUCUUGCUGAAUGACCUAGCUAGUAAACAAAAUACUUUCAGAAAUCAAAUCAUUGAGGUUGAGAAGGAAAGUCUUAGUAUGAAACAGGAAAUACAUAUAUUAAAGAUGGAGCUGGAAACCCGACGGCAGCAGGUUCGGAGUCUAGAAAACAAGUUGUCAAGUACUGAACACACCACUGAGAUUCUACGUCAGAAAGUUGGCCAAUAUGAACGAAGCAAGCAAACGUUAGAAUAUGAGUUGGGUGAAAAAGAGAUGUUACUUAAUCAAGGAGAGCAAGAGAAACAGAAAAUAUGUGUACAGAUGGAAGACCGACUGAUUUCAGAACGAGAACGGAUGAGGAAAAUCAUGGAAAGAAGACUUGCAGAAAAGCAAGCAGAACUUGAAGCUAAGAUGUGUCUCACAGGUGAAAAAAUCCAGCAGUUACGGGAAAUUUUGAAUUCUCAAGAAGACUGGGAGUUUUUGGUAGGAGAAGGUCUAGGUCCUCGACAGUUGUCAUCCAAAUCUGAGCCUAGAUUGUCUUGUGGGCCAAAAGCAACUCCUGUUGGGUCUAGAAGUCGGAAUACACCUGCAAUGACGUCUUCUCAUUCAGACACCAAACUGAAUGUAGAGCAAACUUCAACACCUUCAAGGAGCAUGGCAGUGGCCAAUCCCAGACACAAACGGUCACAGUCAUCUGGAGGAGAAAAGUGGAUUGACCACCGUCCACCUGGGAGUCUUGAAUAUGGUACUGUUUUGCAACCAGUUAUGAAAAAAAAGAAAUCAGUUAGUAAAUUGAAAGCUAAAGAUGUCACUGGAAAAGAUGCUGCUCGAUAUGUUCUGACACAUCAAGAACAAGAUAUGGAUGGAGAAGUUGAAACAAAGUUGUAUAAGGUUUUUAAGAAGCUUUUUUAA